UUUUACCUUGCAGGCAUACUCCACCUCUACUGUUAAAAUAUCGGCAAGUCCACGAAGUUAGGGUUUGCAGAUUCUAGCCUUCCGCACCCGGUCGUCUCCUACGUUUUAAUCGACUCCCUAGGCUUUUUCUGCUUUGUUUAUCUCAAUGGAGAAGGAGCUAUUAGGUGCAUUCGAUGCUGCUGAGAAGGCUGCGGAGGCGGCAGCGGCCGGCGGUGGAUUGGCGGAGGAGGAUCGCUGCGUGGAUGCCCUAAAACGGCUGCGGAGGAUGGAUGUCACCACAAAGGAUCUGGUGAACACACAGGUUGGCAAACGGAUUCGCAGCCUCACAAAACAUCCCAAGUCUAGGAUUCAAAUAGUUGCUACUGAUCUGUUCAAAUUCUGGAAGAAUGUUGUUAUUGAGGAGACCAGCAAAGAUGGCAAGAAAAGUAGCAGUUCCAACGAAAUAACCCUCACCAAAACUGAAACCAAAUCCGAGAGAUCUGAUGCUACCAAAAUCGAAAAAAAUUCAAAAUCUACAGAUGCUCGGUAUCUGAGAAAAUUUAUCGGAAUUUCUCGAUCAGAUGCCAUCAAAAUUGAGAAAACCAUGAAAGAUGAAUCAGCCAGUUUGUCUUAUGAAAGAUGCAAUAAAAUAGAGACUAUCAAAGUGGAAAGGUUCUCUAAGGAAGAGAAACAGACAUCAUUUUCCAAAAACCCUUCCAUUCCCACUGGACCUCCAAAGCUCACUGCAAUGGUAAAAUGUAACGAUCCUGUGAGAGACAAACUCAGGGAACUCCUUGCAGAGGCUUUCGUAAAGGUUUCAGAGGAGGCAAGUGAGGAUUUGAGGGAUGAAGUGAGAGACGUGGUUGAUGAAAUAAACAUAUGUGAUCCAAUUCGUGUUGCAGUUACUGUAGAGUCGGCGAUGUUCGAAAAGCUAGGACGGUCGAAUGGUGCACAAAAAGUUAAAUAUAGAUCAAUAAUGUUCAAUCUGAAGGAUUCUAAGAACACGGAUCUUCGUCGUAGGGUUCUCCUCGGGCACAUACCCCCUGAGAGGCUCAUCACGAUGACAGCAGAAGAGAUGGCUAGUGAUGAGAGAAAAACAACGAAUAAGCAGGUCCAAGAGAAGGCUUUAUUUAAUUCUGAAAGAGGAGGGCCUCCGAAAGCUACAACCGAUCAGUUUCGAUGCGGUCGAUGUGGACAGAGAAAAUGCACUUAUUAUCAGUUGCAGACUAAAAGUGCUGAUGAACCAACGACAACUUUUGUGACUUGCGUAAACUGCAACAAUCACUGGAAGUUUUGUUGAGAAUCAGUGCCGUGAUAGUUUAUAAAUGUGAGGAAGUUUAUGGACCUCCUAUUUCUUUUGUUGUUAUUUGAAUUAGAUUAUUUAGUUCAUUUACUGUAGCAUGGCUUAAACUCAGCAGUCUUCACUUUUAAUGAAUUUCUCUUACAAUAAUUUAGUUAUCUCAAUGUUUGUUCACUUUACUGUAGGCUCCACUGCUUCAGUUGUAUUUAAAUUUAAGCAAAAUACAGUCAUCAGCUA